CCGCACAUUUUGAUCCCUGUUCACUUCGUUUUAUUUAUAUCUAAACUUUACACAAAUAUCUUUCUCUGCAUAACUUUUUCUGCUCUUUCGGAAAACGUCAAAAUUUCCCACUCAUUCUUCGUUACUGUCUCCCGUGUCUCAACCACUAUCCCAAUUCCAUUAAAAGGAAAUAAAACUAAUAAAUGAACAAUAAAAUCAAAAUCGUAGCCAUUUUACCCGCCACAUUUAUGCAUAGAGUUUCUAGUUUUCUAGUUUAUAAAUCCCACACCCACCACACACCUCAACGUAAACUAGCUAAUAAUAGCUAUAGUUAUAGCUAUAUUAUACUUGUACAGCACUCAUUGCAGCACAUCGCUUGAUCUUCGUCAACCAUGGACUGGUUCUCGUGGUUGUCCAGGACCAGCCUAGAACCCUCCCUCAUCUACGACUAUGGCCUUGCCUUCGCCCGCAAUGAGCUUCAGUUGGAAGAUGCCACCUACUUCAACCACGAAUUUCUUCAGAGCAUGGGCAUUUCCAUCGCCAAACACAGGCUCGAAAUCCUCAAGCUCGCCAAAAAAGAAGAUGGGGCACUCAAAAGCAUCAAGCUUUCUGGGGUCAUCAAGAAGUGUCUGAAGAAGUGCUUCAGCCUGGUUUCGCGUGACGAUCAUCAAGAAGCGAUGAUGACGAUGACGAAGGAGAUGCCACCUGAGCCAAACUGGUACCAAGGGAAGUGGAGAAGGGCCAGGCACAAGAAUGGGAGUGAGGAACUCAAGGGAGAGAAUAAGGGAGUCGUGCAGAGAAGCAGGAACAUUGCACUGUCAGGGCCUUUGGAUGGAUCAAAUGGAAGAGUAUUGCAUGAGAAGAUGGUGAACAACAGCAAGUUUAUGAAGUUGUCUGGUCCUCUUGAUGGGAAGAUCAAUGGCUGUGAGAGAGUGGUGUUUGCAAAUGCAAAUAGAAGUCCUACAAUGAGUUCUGCUCCUUCUAGGCCUCUCGAUGGAAGGUUCAUCGGCACAACAAAAAGUCCAAGGCUUUCUGGGCCACUCGAUGCAAGAGCAGUGGUCUGUAAUAGAAGUCCAAGGUUACCUAGACCUUUAGAUGAGAGGGCCGAGAGCCCAAUGGGGUACAGUCCCUACAGUAAGGUCAGAGCUGAUGCAGCAGCAGAUUAUGAUGAUUAUUAUGCAAUUUGGCCUACAUUGUUUGAGGAUCUUAAACCAACUUAGAUUAUAUAUUUUGUGUUUGUGUUCUCUCGGCUUAUUUUUAUACUUUGAUGACGAGUGACUGCAACGUUUUUUCAUACAAUAAUGACAAGUAGCGCACAUGAAAAUGAUUCUGAUGUUCACUGCAACUUUUUUGUAUGUCUCAACUAUGAGAUCACAUCAUUUAUCGACAAUUUGGCUAAUAUUAGCCCUUGUCACAGUGACAUGUUUCUUCUUAUUAUAUUUAAGAAAACCUUGUAUGAUCCGUGGAUGAAACAAGGGAUCUGUUUAGUUUCUUUUGAAGAAUAACGGUUGGGCUUUGCGUCAAAUGAAACAAUUAA